UCCUAACCUCAAAGGAUCUUCCUCAGCGUUUAGUAGCACGAGUACAUUACCACAUAGUCAAGUACCUCAUGAUGGUAGUUCUAUUUCAUCACCAACAUCUUCGAAUUCAGAUACUCGCUCUCCAACAUCUGAUGCUGUUGAUCAUUCUUUAGAACGUAUAAUGAACUCUGAAAAUGGCGAUUUUAUAAAUGAACUACAAGAGCGUGAUAUGAGUAUUGCUGCAUUUAAGAAACGUGAGAUGUGGCUCAGAGCUGAAUUAGCAUUAGCGAGAAAAGCAGGAUAUACACCAGAAGUAGAUGCUGAUGUCGGUGUUCCUGAUGGCAUUGAUAUCGAUAAUUUGAUGGAUAUUUCUGAAUCUGCUCAAAUUGCUUCACAAAAAAUUACAGAUUCUGAAAGAGUUCGUACUGCUGCUCUACAAGAAGCUGCUUAUUUCAAAGCAAAACUUGCAGCAUUAACAAAUUCAUCAGAACAUGAUCUUAAGAUUCUUGAAGUUGAAAGAGCAACAGAGUUGGAGAAGCGUUUGACACGAGCUCUAACUGAAAAAGAGGCAGUUCAAAAUCAACUUAUUCAAUUACAACAAAAUUCAAAUUAUGAUAAAAAUUCUCGAGAGGCUGCUGAAGAACGUGCAAGAAUGGCUACUUCACGUGCUGAAGAAGCUGAAGAAGCACAUGCAAGAGCCUUGGCAGAAUUAGCAACUCUUCAUUCACGUGCCACCAACGCUGAAUCACAACAUCGUGAGACAAAAAGUCAAUUAUCAGAGUUAACUUUGGAAUUGAAUCGUAAUCGUGGAAAUUCACAUAAUCAAAUACAAUCUUUACAACAAUCCGUUGAACAACAUCAACGAGCUCUUGAAAAAGCGAAUGUAGCUAUUGCUGCUGCGAAUGAACGUGCAAGUGAAGCUGAAAGUUUGUGGAGGCAGGCACGUCAAGAUAUAUCGAAUCUCGAGAAAGAAGCAGCCGGAUUACGAUCUGAGUUGGACAUUAAAAUGAGAGAUUUAGAUCGUGUUGGUGCUAGGGCAGCAGAGAUGGAACGAUUAUUAGAUAAAACUCGACAAGAACGGGAUGCUGUUCGAGAUAUGAUGAAAGAUGGAAUGACAAAAUUAUUGAACAAUUCUCGUCCUAAUGAAGAUUUAUCUGUUCCAACUCGAGUUUCAAGUCAAGUAAUUCAUCUUGAACAAGAAAUAGAAACAUUAAAAAAUAUGAACGCUGAAACAAAAGAAUCAGCCGAAAAAGCUUCAAUCUCACUUGCAAAUGCUAUGGAUAAGAUCGUACAAUUGGAAUCUGCACUUACUAAAGCACGUUCUGAAACUGCAAUGCUACAGCGGAGGUUAGCAGAGUCUUCAGAUGAAGUAAUACGUACAAAAGGAAGAUUACGUGAAAAAGAACGUACUUUAGAUGAAAAAACGUGUGCUCUUGAAGAUGCUGAAAUCAAAGUUGGAAUGAUGAGAGAUGUAAUGGUUGAAAGAGGUAUACUGGAAGAUGUUACAAGUCAAGGAACAUUAGCUUCACAAUAUAAAGAACUAAUAUCAAAAUGUGAAGAAUUAGAACAAAGAGCACAACAUGAAGAAGAUAAAAGGAAACUUUUAGAAGAAGAGCUUAAACGUAUGAAUGGCAGAGGUCUCAACCAAGAUUCUUUAUCACCUAAGAAUGAAAAUGAUUCAAGAGAAACUGAAAAAAAAUUGUCUGAAACUCUACAAAAACUUCAAGAAGCCCAAGAUAAAUUGGUAAAAGCAGAAUUAAAUUAUAAUACUGCAACUCAUUAUGUACAAGGGACGGAAAAGAUGUUAAGGCGACUAAAAGAAGAAUUGCAUAGAAGUAAAAUUGAUUCAGAGAAUUUACAAAAGCAACUGAAGGCCGCUCAGGAACGAAAUGAAGAGUUGGAAGAAAAACUUUCAGAGGUCCAAAACCAAGUGUCUGUACGCAAAGGUGUUCGUGAAUCAAAACUUCAGGAAUUUACCAAUAAACAGCUUGAAGUUCAGGCAGAAGAAUUUGGUCAAGAAAUGACUGAAGUGCAACAAAAAAUGAAAGAUUUGAUUGUACAAAUUGAUCAUGCACGAGAAGAGAAGAAAAUGUUGGACAUUUCAUAUGAAGCUUUACGCAAAGAAUACAAGACAAUGCAGAAGGAUCACAACGCCUUAAGGCAAACAAAUCAGGCGCUUAAAGAACAACUUCUACUUUCUACAAAUAAAGUAGAACAACUUAAAAAAGAGUUAGAUAACUCGAUGGCAUUGAAUGAACACUUAAAUCAGCAACUUGGCGAUGACUCGGGUAGAAUGGGUGAUAAUAUUUCAUCUAAUGGUAGGUCUAGACAUCAUGAGAGAUGGGAUGAACAACGUGGUGUACUCGAAAGGCAAAUUGCACAACUUCAUGAAACAAACAAAAAACUUGAAAGAGAAAAUAUAGACUUUGAACAAAAAUUACAUGAAUCAGAGAAUAAAAUAUCAUUAUUACUUGAUCAAAUGGAACAUGCAGUGGACAAUUAUCGUGUAAUUGAGGAUGGUAUAAAAUCGAGUCCAAGGGACUCAAACAUAAUUCAUUCUAUGACAAAUAAACUUGAUGAUGAACUCGAUGCUUUAAAUCGGUGGGGAAAUAUGAAUUAUGAUGAUGAAUAUUCUGAUGUUGGUUAUAUUAAUCAAAAAUGGAAUAAAUUGCCAAAUGGAAUGGACAAUGAAAGUAGAGAUCAAUAUGAAGAUAUGAUUGCAGCAUUGGAAGAAGUACAAAAAGUAGCGGCAGCUAAUCGAAAAUAA